AUGAAUACAUACACUGUAAUAUUUGAUUUGGGUGUGGGGAGGACUUUACACCCUGACAUGGCUGGGGAGCCAGCUGGGAUGUUGGUGAACACCUGGGUGCACAUGGCAUGGGAAAGGUUGGUGAGAGAGAGUGGGAGGGAAGACCAGGACCUAUUGCUCUCCUCCUCCCUUCAAUCUAUCCUUAUUCUAAACCAGCGGUUCCAUCUUAAACUACUAAGCAAGGGCAAAGCUUCAGAGUGGCAACAUUUUGUGUCUCGCUACUUUCACCAGCUUGAGCUCAUUUUUUGCCGCUUAAAUUCCUCUUACGCUUUGUUGGUGGCUUCAGUUGAAAGAGAACUACGAAUUGCAGUCAUGGAUACUGAUGAGGAGUACUCAAUUGUUCUUGAAUUGUCUGAGAGGGAUCCUUUCUUUGACAAAAAGAAGAAAUUACUACAAAAUAAGGGUUUUAGUCCCAAAGAACGCAUAUACCUCAGGAGCUCUUCAAAACCUGGCUGGAUGAGUGCUACUGUGGAGGUUUUACUUCAGAUUGCGCGGAUCAUUCAAUUAAAUGAGCUGGAACUUUAUUUUGCUGAAGAUGUAUGCACUUCAACAGAAUUUUACAGUCCCAGGAAUGAGUUGGAGGCUCUCAAUUCAAUUGUUUUGCUCAUUGACAUAUCACUAUCUAGUUGUACACAUCUCCAUACUGACAUCCUGCAAAGGUUACGCCAAACAAUUCUUGAUUUAAUUUCUGAUUUGGGGGAGAAAAAUAGUGUGAAGGGAGUAGUUGAAAAGGACCACAGUUGUGACCAAGAAGAACGCCUGAUAGAAUGGGGUGAAAGCAAUGGUGUAAUGACACAGUUAAAAAUAGCUUAUAUUGAAGGAGCUGGUCGAGGUGCAAUAGCAAGGAAAGAUCUAAAAGUUGGAGACAUUGCUUUGGACAUUCCUGUGUCUAUUAUCAUUUCUGAGGAGCUUGUGCAUGAAACUGAUAUGCACUCUGUCUUGGUUGGAAAGACUGAUAAUAUAGUUGGACUCCGAUCCCUCUUAUUUGAUAAGGAUAUUUCCAUCUGUUACGAAUGA